CUAUCCAAGAGACAAUGGUAAGUAAUACGGGGGUAGUGCUAGCGACGACGAGUCGUCUCAUCCGUGUCCUCAUCAUGUUGUUAUAAUAUGAGAACUUGCCUUCCUUCUUGUAGUCAUCGGAGGAAAUUAAUUGACUGCAACAGUUGGUAACAAGAUUUUCGUAAGUUAUUAGAGUAUCGCUAUAAUUUUUAAACAUCGUUAAAAUGCUCCGUGUCAACAACGUCGAAGGAAGGGGGAACAAAGGUAAGUCGAGAUAAAGUUUAAACCGCAGCUGUGUUGAAAGAAUCAGAACCAUUUGUUUGACGGAUAAAGGGAGGAAAACCCCGUAGCGUUAUUGGCGAACGCAAAGGACAGGUGACUGCCAGUCCAAAAAGGCAAUUGAUGGAAAUCCUUUUCCAAGAAUUCACAACGCCUACCCUAACCUCCCAUCCUCCUUCUCUCUUAACGUUUUUGUUUCCUUUCGAAGACAACAAUGAAACCACACAUGUCUGCCCCCCACCUGAAUCGCCCUACCCUCUUUUCCGAGAAUUUCACCAGUCCCCUCCCUUUCUUUUAUUUGGAUGGUUCAUUUUCAUUUCUUUUCACAGCAGUUGAUCCCUCCCCUUUCUUAUACCUAGAUUAAUGAUAUUACGUGUUAUAGCGUAGUUUCACGACAAACAUUAGACCAUUGUUCGAUUCGAUGAGCUAGUAUACCAGUGAUGCAGAUCCUACCGCGCGCCCUACAGGACAUCCACUACGAAUAGGUUUACUACUACACCGCGCAAGAGAGAAAAGAUCCUUUCGUUGAAGACGUCAGUCAGUGACGUUGGAGCAGUUGUCCAACACGAGCCAGAUGAAACGUCCUCUCCUAUUUUCCGGGGAAAAAAAAAUCUCUCCUGUCCUCGUAUAUAUAACAUCACAAAUUUAACCGAGAGCGGAAGAAAUGGCCCAGUCGCACGCGUCCUGGGCUAUAAGAAGCCGACGCGAACUUUUAAGCUGGGAUGGCAGCAACAGUAGUAGCAGCACCAAUCAACCGUCCAAUAGUCCAACGGAUCUUCCAGUCACACCAUCGUCUAUUAACUUACUUCAUCCAGAAGGAAAUUGCUCCUGGUGCGGACAAAGCGAAAUCGGAGAUGGCGGUGUUCGCGGGCACGUUGAGGGAUCGGGGCCUGCCAAAAAUUUCUGUUCGGAUAUCUGUUUUUCGCAAUGCCGACGGGCGGCCUUUAAACGGGCAAAGGUCUGCGAUUGGUGCAAGCAUGUACGACAUACUGUAACCUACGUUGACUUGCAUGACGGCCAGCGCCAAUUGCAGUUCUGCACCGACAAAUGCCGCAACCAAUACAAAAUGCACCUAUUCUGCGCCGAGGCUAGCUCAUUGGGCGUACAAAGUUGUACCACACCCGGCUCAAAAAAUGAGACCUCGCCCGGUACCUCGAUCGAUCUAAAAAAGCAGUCUACGGGCCUAUUAAUCACGCCUGAUUUGUGGCUCUCUGACUGCCGACUCGAUAAUCCGAUCAACGUCAAGCUCGAAUGCAAUGAAGAGACAGAAUUAGCUUCUAUCGAUUCUGAACCCGAAGAACAAAACUGCGAAGCGCCGCUAAAUCUAGUCCACUCUUCACGACGGGACGAUCAGCCAAUCAAGAGAAACUCGAAUCUAGUCGAAAUCCCUGAUAUCCCUUUGUCCAAGAAAGGUAAGAGCCAUCGGAAGCAUCACUCAAGCAGUCGCCAAUACAAAACAAGGGUCCAUCCGCGCAGUAUGAUUCCACCGCCAACACCGGCUCUGCCAUCGACAGCUUGGCCACCGUCUUUUCCGUAUCCUCCACAAAUGGUCCCAUCUUACAUCCUCCAGUCACAAUUGUUAGCUUUGAAUCGGUCGCUUAAACCAUUAAAAAACCCCGAUGUGCACAGUGAAAACCCUCAAGAUGAAGUGGUUAAACCGGCUAUUGAACCGGAUAAAACACCGUUUGAUGCAAUUAUUGAGAAACCAUUAACGCCAGACGUUAAAUCACCGAUUAAUGAUGAAAGGACAACUGAGCGCAGUGAUCCUGGAAAUGUGAAACCACAAACGGAUAACAAAAAUAGUCUGACACAGGAAUUACCUCCAAAUUUUGUUGUUAUGCGAAUCCCUUAUUUGAUCCCAUUACCAAUUCCUGUCCCAAUACCUAUACCAUUAAACAUACAUGAAAAGUAUCUAAAGCACAUUUUAACGUGAUUCUGCAUGUUCAGUUGCCUAUCACAAACGAUCUCACUAUUACUUUACUAGUUUAUCGUAGUCUAAAGUACAUGUUGUCGGUGUUUUGAGGAAUUGUUUUUCAUCUAAUAAUAAAGGA